AAGUCCAGAAAGAGUCUUCCUAGAGCCAAGUGGAGUCACCAAAUGAAGCUAUAUCUUAUUCAACAGCUGAAAGAUUUUAACGUCCCAGGUUAUAGAACUCAGAAUGCAUGGAGUAAAGAGGCAUGGAAUAAGAUUGUGGAUAACAUAAACAAAAAGUUUGGCUUGUCACUAGAUGUUACCAAAGUGAAACAAAAGGAACAGGAUCUGAAGAAAGACUUCCGCGCUGUGAAAGAUUUGGCAGCUGAGAGCGGCUUUGGUUGGGACCGCAUCGGAAUGAAAGUUGUUGCCCCAGAUGCCGUAUGGGAAUCAUUUGCGGAGCGUCGUAACAAGGAUGCACUCAUAUGGAGAGACAAACACUUUCCAUAUUAUGAUGAUUUAUUUGCAUUGCAUGAAGGACGGUAUGCUGAAGGAAGGAAUAGGCGUGGCAUGGACUAUUAUGCAAACAGGGAUAAAGAACCAUCACAAACCAAUUUUGCAGAAUCACAAGGGACCAAUGAUUAUGAUGGAUCACCCUCACCUAAUAUAAAUGCUGCUGAUUUUCCCAUUGAAGAAGAAGAACCUACAUAUUUUAAGGAAAACGUUUGGAGCCGGCAGUCCGGCGGAAGCUUCGGCCGGUCCAAUCUAGGCACCCACGCGUGACCCACUCGCGAGCAACCACGUGACGUGAUGGACCUGAGUUGACUAAUCCUUCUGCGUUAGGGCAUGUACAAUGGUUGUAAGAUAGUCUAAUCUUAAGUCUUGCAUGUAAUUUAGAGAUGACAAAAAAAAAGGUCUACAAUGGGUCGUCUC